UGCAAGGACCGCUUGAACUCCCUGGCCAUCUCCGUCAUGAAUCAGUGGCCGGGGGUGAAGCUGCGGGUCACGGAGGGCUGGGACGAGGACGGGCACCACUCUGAGGAGUCGCUACAUUACGAGGGCCGAGCUGUGGACAUCACAACCUCAGACCGGGACCGCAACAAGUACGGCAUGCUGGCUCGCCUGGCCGUGGAGGCUGGCUUCGACUGGGUCUACUACGAGUCCAAGGCGCACAUCCACUGCUCCGUCAAAGCAGAGCACUCGGCCGCUGCGAAGACGGGGGGCUGCUUCCCUGGGCGGGCACUGGCAACGCUGGAGGACGGUGCCCGGACGCCGCUGUGGGCGUUGCGCCCAGGCCAGCGGGUGCUGGCGAUGGACGGGGCAGGCAGGCCCACCUACAGCGACUUCUUGGCUUUCCUGGACAAGGAGCCCCGUGCCCUCACCUCCUUCCACGUCAUCGAGACGCGGGAGCCUCCCCGGCGCCUGGCCCUGACGCCCACCCACCUGCUCUUUGUGGCCGAGAAUGCCUCGGCGCCCGCUGCCCGCUUCCGUCCCACCUUCGCCAGCCGCGUGCGCCCCGGACAUUUCGUGCUGGUGGCGGCAGGGGGGGGCGGCUUGCAGCCCGCCGAGGUGGUGGAGGUGCGGAACCGGAGGGACGUGGGAGCCUACGCACCGCUGACGCGCCACGGGACGCUGGUGGUGGACGGCAUGGUGGCCUCGUGCUUCGCCCUGGUGCAGGAGCAACAUCUGGCGCAGCUGGCCUUCUGGCCGCUCCGGCUCUACCACAGCCUGGUGGGGUGGCCAGGGGCACAGGGGGACGGCGUGCACUGGUACUCGGGGCUGCUCUACCGCCUGGGCAGGCUGCUCCUGCCCCCCGACAGCUUCCACCCACUGGGGGUACCCCGGGCGGAGAGCUGAGGGUGCGCC